AAGUGUAGAAUUUUCUUUAAUCGAGGAACAGUGCUUAAUUUUAGAAAUUUCACACUUAAUUUAAUCUUCCAGCCAUGCAAGGACUAAGAGCAUUCAGGCUUUUUGCACGCACUGCAAACAACACAGCACGUAGAAAUUAUGGACAUGGUCGUGUACAUAAGUAUCCAACUUUAAACGACAUGCCAGUUCCAGAAGGUGAUUAUUUCACACUUCAUGCCAAGAGAAAUCGCAAAUAUAAUGCAAUUUUGGCUACUGGAAUCUCAAUGGUCUCUACAGGAAUCUUCAUUCUCUCAACUGACAAAAUUGUUCGUUUCCACUGGAAUCCACCAGAGACCUACGAAUAAACUUGCAUGACUGAGGAAUGAAAUCAUAGCUUUAAAAAUACAAAUGACGAAUCUCGUAAAUUAGGGUGCAUCAAUUGGCUGUAGUUAAUUAUAGUUGU